AUGCGACCAACAUUUGAAUUUCAAAAUAUGUUGCCGUUAAGAGUACGAGCUCGAAUCCGCAAAGGUUAUUUAAUCCGGCUUCCAAAGCAAUCGUCUUCGUGAGAUCUUGAAAUUGAGAGAGAGAGAGAGAGAGAGAGAGAGAGAGAGAGAGAGAGAGAGAGAGAGAGAAUGGAGAAAUCGUCGGCGAUGGAUGCAUUUGAGAAGCUAGAGAAGGUGGGAGAAGGAACCUACGGGAAGGUUUACAGAGCAAGAGAGAAGGCGACGGGGAAGAUCGUGGCCCUGAAGAAGACCCGCCUCCACGAGGACGACGAAGGCGUCCCUCCCACCACUCUCCGCGAGGUCUCCUUGUUGCGGAUGUUAUCUAGGGAUCCCCAUGUCGUUAGAUUGAUGGAUGUCAAACAAGGUCAAAACAAAGAAGGGAAGACAGUUCUCUACCUGGUCUUUGAGUACAUGGAAACUGAUCUGAAGAAGUUCAUUCGAAGCUUUCGCCAGACAGGAGACACAAUACCUGCUAAAACCGUUAAGAGCUUGAUGUACCAACUUUGCAAAGGUGUUGCUUUCUGCCAUGGUCAUGGAGUAUUACACAGGGACCUUAAGCCUCACAACCUUCUGAUGGAUAAAAAAACAAUGAUGCUCAAAAUAGCUGAUCUUGGACUUGCUCGUGCAUUUACUCUUCCCAUCAAGAAGUAUACUCACGAGAUACUGACCCUGUGGUAUAGAGCUCCUGAAGUCCUUUUGGGUGCUACACAUUACUCAACUGCAGUAGAUAUGUGGUCUGUGGGCUGUAUAUUUGCCGAACUGGUUACCAAGCAAGCACUUUUUCCUGGAGAUUCAGAAUUGCAGCAGCUUCUGCACAUUUUCAGAUUAUUGGGUACCCCAAAUGAGGAAGUGUGGCCAGGGGUAAGCAAGCUGCUCAAUUGGCAUGAGUAUCCCCAGUGGAAACCUCAAACUCUGUCAUCUGCUGUUCCUAAUUUGGAAGCGGCUGGACUUGAUCUGCUAGCGAAAAUGCUGCAAUAUGAACCCUCGAAGAGGAUCUCCGCAAAAAAGGCCAUGGACCACCCUUACUUUGAUGAUCUGAACAAGGCUCAUCUUUAGUUAAUGACCCUACUAGAAGCUCUACUGAGCCAAAAGCUUUGUACUGAUCCUGCUUUCCUCAAGCAUAUGUUUUUGUUGCCUUAUUUUUUAGUACUUUGGUGUAUGACUUUCUUUUAAAUUCAAUGGCUAGCUAGGUCCGCUUUUGCUCUA